UAUGAUUUCCAAAGUGUAUGUUGUUUCUUUCUCAGAUGUUCCUGCAGAUGAUAACCAAGUUAACUUCGCCAAAAUCCAUAUUACCAUUUUCAAAGAUUUUGAUUAGACCAGCUAAGACUCUUGUAGUAUUGCCAAGUCAGUUCUCAUCAGCAGCAUUACCUUUGAGUCGCCAGUUACAUUCUUGCUGCCUUUUAAGACAUGGUGCACAUGAGAGGCCAAUUUUAGCUGCAGUAACUAGAUUCCUAGAGCAGUCUCCAAAGUUACAGCCAUUUCUGAAUGCAGAGAGCCCUAGUUCUAAUUUGAUACAGAAGAGAAGUGUCACUAAAUGGUCUCUAUCAAAAGGAAAGCGGAAGACUGUAAAAACUGUAAUAAGGCGUUUUAAAAGACUUGAUUGGCCUGGGCGUGGCAUUUGGAUUCGACCAAGAGCAGGAGCAAAUAAAAGAAUAUGGAAGAAGAAUAGGAAGAGACGAUACCGUGCUAAAACUCAUGUGUUUUGUAAUGCCACCCAGUCACAUAUGCUGGAUAAAAUGGUUACCCGAUUCUGGAAACGACCUCGUUAUUAUCCAGAUGACCCAUACCGGCCUUUCAUGCAAAGGGAGAGUUUUCCUCAUACAAGUCCAUAUCCAAGAGAGUACUUCUGAAAAUGUGAGACUAGAAAAAUGUCACUCCUAUUAAUUAUAGUUUUAUGAGCUCAAUGAAGCUUUAUUGAACAAAAAUGUUCAGUUGUACUGUAUUUCCUUUUGUUAACAUAAAGAAACAUUUUAUGGGAUAAAUACCUCAUUAUUGGUUACAACAUCCAAAAAACAACAAUCAGUAGGCUUUACUUUUGUUUUUAUUUACCACGGAGUUCUCAGUAUGUUCUUUUAUACCGAGUACUGUUGUACAUACAUAUAUAAAAUAUAAACAUUUCCUGUCAUUUUCAUUAGCUGUUUUCUGUGUAUGGUUAAAUAAAAUAAAGAACAGGGAAGUUA